AUGUCAAAGCGCUGGGAAUACAGAGAGAAACAGAGGCAGACGGUUAAUACACCCGUCCACCCCAAAGAUACUACGACUCUUCCUAAAGCUCAGCGAUGGGGUUUCGCCCCCCGCCCCAGCCCCACAACCACGAAGCCCAGCGGGGUCCAGGCCAUGGUGUCCGAAGCUCAGCCGCUGAACUCCUCAUCCUGUACCAGUGAAGAGACAAAGUGCAGGAAGGUCGAGUGUGGGUCAGGGUUCACACGUGGCUGGGUAACCUCGUUGCUUUGCCCUUUGCUCCCUCGUUCGGUUUGCACGGUCACUCUGGUUGUUUAUUUUUUUGAUUCAGGUAAUGGGAAGACGGACACCCCUGAGGCUACAAAGCUCCGUGGUUUUGUGGGGCAUUCAGUGGUCCCGAACACCAACACCUGGAACACAGCACUGAUUCCUCAUAGACCUGCUCUUGUUCAAGUAGUUACAGUCGCGGGGGUAGCCUUCAGCAUCGCCCUGGUGUGUGGCAUCGCUAUUUCCUAUAUGAUCUAUCGACUGGCACAGGCUGAGGAGAGACAACAGCUGGCAUUGCUUUAUAAAAAUAUCAGGGUACCAUCAGCAGACGAGGAGGAGAGCCCCGAGGAUGACAGCCUGGACGAGUCCACGUAUCUGCUUCCCGAGAAUGAGAAGGAACUGGAAAAGUUCAUUCAUUCAGUUAUUAGAUCGAAAAGAAGAAAACACAUUGAAAAGAAAUUGAAUCAAGAGCAAAAGUUAGUAAAGGAAGUGAAGAUAAAGGAUGCUCUGCACACUUCAGAGAUGGAGAAUAUGUGAAAGCAGAUGAAGCAGGUGCAGGAGGUGCUGGCUAGUGUGGAGGAGCCCCCGCAGGGGUUUCCGGUGACUGAGGGUGUGCCAUGACGUUCCCCGGAGAAGCUUGUGCAAGAGCACUCGAAAGAAAGCAAGCUAGAUGUAUA